CAAAGAAAAUAUCAAACCCCUGCACCCCAUUAAUCGCACAACACCCUGACAAGAUCAACAUGUAACACAAAAUUCCUAAAAUCCCUAACAUCAACACUCAGAAUUUAUUGUUCCCAUAAUGAAGCAAAGAAAACCACUAACCUUUUCACAGUGGUCAGAUAAUGAUAGAGAUGAUCUACGCGACAAAAGCUUCGUCCUUUUCCAGCCAACAACAACAAACACCAAAGCAUGGAAAUAAAAGAAAAACCAAAACGAUUAAAACGAUAAGUGAAUGGAAACUGACGACAGAGAACAAACAAAAAAAAUAAAAAAAUGCAACGACAGAGGAGAAAGAGAGGACAACGGGAAAGAGUGAGACGAAAAACAAGGUACCUUGGUUGUCGGUGGAACUUCAGCAGAGAAAGGAGAGACAUAGUUGCACUGAGCUUGGUCUUUGUUUGGGAACCUUCAAGCUUCUCAAGGAAGAUAAGUUUCAAAACCUUGGGAAAAAGGUGAAAAGGUCAUUCAAGUCUAACUACCCCAAUCAUGGUUUACUUACCUUGGCUUAACUUAAUUGUUUUUCCUUUUUCUGUUAUUAAAAAACGAAAUAACUUAAUAUAAAAAUUCACGCCACUUGUCUCGAUCUAAUUAGUCCACGUCAUCCCCAACUUAUUUCUGUAUCAUACCCAAACUAAAUGUUGUGGUAUCUUACGCAACUUUUUUUUUGAACUCAUCUUAGCAUGCACCUAUAUGUGAGUGUGAGGCUGCAUGUGUUGACGUGGCACAGUCAGAAAACACCACGGUGGAACAACUUGGAAUCCACGCAGGUACUACCGACGCCACCGUGUUUUUAUGUCCCCUUUCCUUUUUCAUGUAAUUCAACGCUCUCAGAUUCCUCAAAUUUUCUCUUCUCUCUCUCUCCAGUGCUCCUUGGAAACAUGAAAAUGCUCCAUACACAUACACACCCACACCUCGCAAAAUUCAAACUUUUUCUCUGAUUUCGUUAAAUACCUUCCAAACCAAUCACUACCCUAUGUCCCUGCUCCUUUUUUUUCCUUCGAUUUCUCUCUAGAAGCUUGUUCCUUUCCUUUUCUUUUCUCUCCUUCUAGGUAGGGCUAGCUUCACUGCUACUCGAUUGAAUUCAUGCUCUUCCAUUCUGAUCUAACACCCACCUUUUCUUUUUCACUAGAUCAGUGUGUUUGAUUUCAAUUUUAUCUUAUCUGUUUGUUUGCUUUCAAAAAUUCACUCUUUUGUCUAUUUGGGUCUGUCAAAUUGCAGGUGAAAAAAGCCCUCUUUGAUCUUCAAUUUUCUUUUGUCGGUGAGGGUGUGAUUAGUUAGUUCUCUUCUCAUGUUUGAUUCCCAAUCACCCGCUAGUUAUAGACCUCCUUUUUCAUACUCAAUCUCCCAUCUUUUUCUCCCCUCUGAUGUGUUCUUCAUAUGCUGCUUCAAUUGCAUGAGAUUUCGUCUCAAAAUUUGAUGCCAAAGGGAAGUUCCUGGUUGCUGUCACUGUAUAUUUGAAUCACAUUUUGUUUGCUGAGAGAGGCUUUCAAUAAUGGGAGACAGAUAUAGACCUUUUUCCAUUGAGGAGUUACCUUCACAUUUGGUUUUGGAAAUUCUGUGCUCGGGGAGGCUUAGUGCAAUGGACCUUGUUUCUCUCGAGUUAACUUCCAAGGCUUUUGGUGGCGGUCAUGGCUUGUACCCUUUCAAGUUUAAGUCAUUGAUUGACUUUGCUGCUUUUCUGUUGUGUGCCUCCCAUGCUAUCUAUUCUAGGAUGGCUAUGGAUUCUCAGAGGGAGUUGUAUGAUCGAUGCUCCGGAAAUUGGAAGCGAGUUUUGAGGUUUUUGCAGUCUGUGGAGCAAUCUUCUGAGAUGGUUGAGACAUCUAAUUGGAAGAUGCAAAUUACCACUGGGAAGUAUCACACCUUCUUGAUCAGCAAUUCCUCUGUCUACUCUUGCGGUUCUGGUUUGUGUGGCGUGCUUGGUCAAGGCCCUGAAACAACACAGUGUGUAGCGUUUACCCAGAUUGACUUCCCCCCUUUGGCACGCGUGGUUCAUGUUUCAGCCUCCUAUAACCAUGCAGCUUUUGUUAUGCAAUCUGGAGAGGUUUUAUUCACAUGCGGAGAUAAUUCAUCUUCUUGCUGUGGGUAUAGAGAUACAAUCCGACCAAUUUUUCGGCCUCGUCUUGUUGAAUCCCUGAAGGGGAUUCCUUGCAAGCAGGUUGCAGCAGGGCUUAACUCCACUGUCUUCCUCACUGAACAAGGUCAUGUUUAUACAUGUGGAAUCAACACGCAUGGCCAACUUGGUCAUGGCGACACUCAGGACAGACCGACUCCGAAAAUGAUUGAAGUUCUUAGCAAUGUCGGCUCUGUUGUUCAGAUUGCAGCCGGACCAAGCUAUAUCUUAUCUGUUACGGAAGAUGGAACAGUAUACUCCUUUGGAUCAGGUGCUAAUUUUUGUCUUGGCCAUGGUGAGCAACAUGAUGAGCUUCAGCCACGCGCUAUACUGAAAUUUAGAAGGAAAGGUAUUCAUGUUGUCCGUGUAUCUGCUGGGGACGAGCAUGCAGUGGCACUUGAUUCAAAUGGAUUUGUAUAUACAUGGGGCAAGGGAUACUGUGGUGCCUUAGGCCAUGGAGAUGAGAUUGAGAAGACAACUCCUGAGAUCUUGACUAGUCUCAAGUAUCACUUGGCAGUUCAGGUGUGCGCAAGAAAGAGAAAAACCUUUGUUCUAGUUGAUUCUGGUUCGGUCUAUGGCUUUGGCUCCAUUGGAUUCGGUAGCCUUGGGUUUUUGGAUAGAAGGUUAUUAUCUAAUAAAGUAUUGAAACCUCGCAUUUUAAACACCUUAAGAGCUCAUCAUGUUUCUCAAAUUAGCACUGGCCUUUACCACACUGUGGCAAUCACUAGCCGUGGGCAGAUAUUUGGUUUUGGAGACAAUGAAAGAGCUCAACUUGGUCAUGACACAUUAAGUGCAUGCCUUGAACCUACUGAAAUUUUCCUUAAAGAUACAUCUGAAGAUGACGAUCCUGUUUUAUAAUACAUGAGACAGUUCAAAAGCAAUUACCUCCUCUUACAUGUGGUUCUGGUAUAUUUUACUCACUUGACUUUAUAGUAUGGUGGUGAUUACUGUUUUAAACUUUGCUGUGUAAUACUUUUUUUUUUACAUCAGAAAGAUAAAUUGUACCCGUCAGAAAUCGA